CCAAGGACAGCCCCCGGCCGGGGUCCUUGUGACAUGAGGUCCUAUUUAGUCUGGGUCAGGUUCAGUGCUGCUUCAGGAGGGAAACUUCAGGGGGCUUUGUCCCGAGACAAAGAGCAGCGAGCACCGCCGAACCCGGAUUUGUCGUCGCAGAAAUCUGAAAUAUGUCAGGCAUAGCCCUUAGUAGACUUGCACAGGAGAGGAAAGCAUGGAGAAAAGAUCACCCAUUUGGGUUUGUUGCAGUACCAACAAAAAAUCCAGAUGGCACAAUGAAUUUGAUGAACUGGGAAUGUGCAAUUCCAGGAAAGAAAGGAACUCCUUGGGAAGGUGGAUUAUUUAAGUUACGGAUGCUUUUUAAGGAUGAUUAUCCCUCCUCACCUCCCAAAUGUAAAUUUGAACCACCAUUAUUUCACCCGAAUGUCUAUCCAUCAGGCACAGUGUGUCUGUCUAUCUUAGAAGAAGAUAAAGAUUGGAGGCCAGCAAUCACAAUUAAACAGAUCUUGUUAGGAAUACAAGAACUUCUAAAUGAACCAAAUAUACAAGAUCCAGCUCAAGCAGAGGCAUACACAAUUUACUGCCAAAACAGAGUUGAAUACGAAAAGAGAGUCCGAGCACAAGCCAAGAAAUUUGCGCCAUCAUAAACACCAACUUAUAUGGCAUCUUACAAUAAACAAAAUUUAAAGGAAGGGAUUGGUUUGGCAAGAACUUGUUUACAAAUUUUUUUGCAAAAUUGAAUGAUGCUAAAUACAAUUGAGAUUCACCAAGGGGAGGGGGUUGUAUGUGUGCCAUUUUCCAUUUUCGACACUUGUAUAGAGUUCUAAAUUUGCUGAAUAUCCCCCCAGUUUUUUCAUACAGGGUCUCUUCCUUCAGUCUUUUUGUAAUUUGAUUGUUAUGAUGUAAAACUUGCUUUUAUUUUAAUAUUGAUGUCAGUAUUUCAACUGCUGUAAAAUUAUAAACUUUUAUACUUCUACAAAUUCACUAGUAAUCUAUAGUUUCCUUUGCUAUCGGAUGCAGGCAUGCUUUAAAAUGUUUAGAAAUAUAUCUAGCCUAUAGCUGGCUGUAUUAAAAAAUAAAUAAAAAAUAAAAAAAAUAAAUCUAAAAAAACUUACAAUGUCAUAAAUUCCACCCCCUCCCCUAAAUUUCUUUUUCUAUUUUAAGAAAAUAGGUUGUAUUCCAACCUACAGCCUCCUAUUCAGUCAGCAUCUUGCUUCUGCAUCAGUUCCUUUUUUGUGUUUAUAUGGCGUUUUUGUCUGUGUUGCUGUUUAGAGUAAAUAAACUGUUUAUAUAAA